AAAGUCAAUGUGACUUCAAGGUGCCCAUUGACCAAUGGAACAGUCCCUGGAAAAAAAUCCAUAAUGCAGAGUGACACAUGGCCUCGGUGCCUGCCAAAUGGAAGCUGUUUGGGGUAUUUCCUCGUUCUUUGGUGUGGGUUUCACGUAUUUGUUUAAUGGAAGUUCUACCUCCAGAGGGUUUAUUUGCCUUCCUAAGGCUGCUAUGGAGAACGAGGGGGAAGUAUAAAAUCUGAAGCCAUCAGAAAGAAAGAUUCCUCACCCCAUUCCCAGCUGGAGAUUUUACAGUUUGGUAUACAUUUGCCUGCCUGUACGAUAAAUAAGAAGAGAUACAGGAUGUGCGCUGGAAAAUGCUCCAAAUGCAUUGGGAUUGCCCUCCUGCCUCUGGCUGUCUGCGCUAUCGUCUCCAAUCUCCUCCUCUACUUCCCUAACGGAGAAGUGUUGGAACCACGCAGGAUCACGGACCUGGUCUGGUUCUUCCACGGUAUUCUUGGAGCUGGAAUAUUGGUUUUCUUGCCAGCGUUUAUGAUAUUGGGUGCGGGUGAAGCCAAAUGCUGCGCUAACAGAUGUGGGAUGGUCCUCUCUCUCGUCUUUGCUGUGCUUGGAGCUCUCGGUGGACUGUACUGUGUGAUCAUCUCAUCCUUGGGGUUAAUUAGCGGUCCUCUCUGUGAUAUUGGUGACGAAGUAUACAUCUACCCUUUCAGGAAUGACAGCUUAGUGGACAAUUAUUUGUUUAACCAGACAACCUGGAGCAUCUGCAAAAAACCCGAAAAUAUCAUCCUUUGGAACAUUGUGUUGUUUUCCCUCCUGCUGGCAAUCGGCCUGGCUGAAGCCAUUCUCUGCCUCAUCCAAGUGGUCAACAGUCUCAUCGGGUUCAUACGUGGCUUGAGGGAAAGAAAGACGGAUAUUGCAGGAAUGUGACCAGCCUACGAAGAAGACGAAAGACAACCAACCAACAGCCAACAUGUGUAAAGUCAGGAUAGUGUGUGUUGUAUAAUUAUAGCUGUGGUGGGGAGCCUGGGGCCCUCCAGAUAUUGCUGGACUCCCAACUCCCAUCAGCUUCAGCCAGCAUGGCCAAUGGUCAGGAAUCAUGCGAGUUGCAUGUAACCUGGGAAUAUCUGGAGAGUCACAGGUUCCCCACCUCAGAUUUAUAGGAACCAGAAACACAGCGGAUUCUUAUAACCACAGAAAGAAUCCCAAAACGUUCUUUUUUAUAUAUAAAGGUAAACACUACAUAGGUAGGGGGAAAGGUUGUGUGUAAUUUAUUUAGGACUUUUCUGAGAUUAUACUAGAUGGACCACUGGCCUGAUCCUGCAGCCUAUCCUAUGGUUACCAGAUUUUUUUCAAUGAAUCUGGGG